AUGGAUGUUACACUUUCCCACGAAAAUGAGACGAUUCCCUCAAUGGUUCCUUUAGAUGAUAAAGAAUUCAUUGAGCCGAUCUUUUCUGAUGAAAGUACUCAAGUUGAUAUAGAUAACGAGUCACAGCAUUUAACAUCUAAUGAGCACAAUGUGAAUAAAAUUGAUAGAAAGUUCGUAGUUUAUAAUGAACCAUACCUGGGAGAUGUCAUAAGCUUUGUAUCUGAAGAUGCACAUGAUGAUUAUGAACUAUUUUUGUCCACCAAUACAUCUGACUCUUCAGAACAGCAAAGUAGUAGUAGUGAUACCCAAAGGUCAGGAAUUGCCUUGCCCUUACUUAGCACUCAGCAUCAUCUUUUAGCAUCAUUGAUAUCGCCUCGGUAUAUGUCCAUUUAUAGGUAUCAAAUUCCUCCUGAAAGUAGAGUAUUUGACAAGCUAGCCGAUAGAUACCUCUUUUGCGAAGUGAAAAGACGGAGACGCUUCAAGUACCAUGUCUAUGAGUUUAAAUUUACCCCUAAUCCACUAGAUGAUAAUGAAAAUUUCAAAAUUUUCAUGGUGCACCACAGAAGAUAUAAAUUUGCUGAUAUAUCUCUUUUUAAUGGCCACCGCUAUAGAUGGAUUGCAGAAGAUAUAUGGAGUCUUAGAUCUAACUGGAAUUAUCAAUUGCAUCAGCUAAAGGACGGACAAAGGUCGUUAUUUGACAAUUUCGACGAAGAAAAGGCCAGAAUAUCCAAAAAGAACGAGCUUGCUAGAUCCACGAAGAGGAAAACCAAGAAACGAAAAGCCGAACUUUCAGGUGAAGAAGUUGGAAUUGUUGUUAAUACACAAGCGAAUUACAAAAAGAGAAUGCCUGCAAACUUCUGUUUACAGGAACCUUCACCGGAGUUACUCCCUGAUAGGGCUAUAAAUCUCACUUCAGACUACUAUGCCAAGCACAGAGACUCUAUAAAUUCUGUAAGCACCGAAUCAUUGGUAUUUCUUUGCAUGGCGUCAAUAUUUAAGUGCAUUGAAGAUAAUAGGUAG